AUGGAGAAACAAGAUUUUGGUGACGACAAACAGAUCAAUUCACAACCUCGAAAAAGUAAGAUCUUUGGUAAAGCGAACUCGUGUGAACAAAUUAACACUCAGUUUAAAAGUAAUGCACAAUUUGAAUUGUUAAAUAAAAUGGAUAUCCCAAAAAAUGUAUUUACUUGGCCAGAUUAUGUAGUAUUUCUUUCAAUGGUCUUAAUAUGUUUUUUAAUUGGGGUAUAUUUUGGCUUCUUUAAAGUAUCAAAAAAUGUUAAAGAUUAUUUAAUUGGAGGUGAAGACAUGACAAUAUGGCCAGUGGCAAUUUCACUUGUUAUGGGCUACCUCUCUGCCAUAACAUUUUUGGGAGGCCCUGCUGAAGUUUAUACAUUUGGUAUACAAUUUUUUUACAUAGUAUUAAACGACAUAUGGGUGGGAUUUAUUGGUAAUUAUAUAUACUUACCAGUUUUUAUGGAUUUACGAUUAACUUCAUCUUAUGAGUAUUUAGAACAACGAUUUGAUAAAUCUUUGCGACGACUUGGAUCAUUUUUAUUCAUUAUCACUCAGGUAUUAAGGCUACCAAUUGUAAUAUAUGCACCAGCAAUGGCUCUAAAUCAUGUAACUGAAAUAAAUACAAAUAUCUUAAUCCCAAUUGUCUGCGCAGUUUGUAUUUUUUACACUUGCGUGGGUGGAAUUCGGGCUGUAGUAUGGACCGAUUUCCUCCAAGGAUUUUUAAUGAUAUGUUCAUUAUUAUUGGUAUUAAUUAAAGCGACAUGGGAUGUUGGCGGAUUGGGAACGGUAAUUGAACGUAAUGUAGCCACUGAGAGGCUAGAAUAUCCGGACAUGGAAUUAAGUUUAACCAAACGAUUAACAUUUCCUGCUACAGUGCUUGGAGGUACAUUUAUUUUCAUCAAUGAUGGAAUUAUUAAACAGUUGAGGAUGCAAAGAUAUAUUGCUUUACCCACCCUAAAAAAGGCUCAAACGACAUAUUGGAUAUUUUCAAUACUAAAGUCGAUCUUUAUGGUAUUAUGUGCUUAUGGAGGACUUGUUGCUUAUGCAACAUAUUUUAAUUGCGACCCUGUUUCAACAAAGAUUGUGUCUACAAAAGAUCAACUUUUACCAUUACUAGUUCUUGACACAUUAAAAGAUUACCCUGGUGCAUCAGGAUUAUUUUUAUCUGGUGUUUUCAGUGCUUCUUUGAGUACUUUAUCAAGUGCCUUGAAUUCUUUGGCAGCUGUUUUAUUGGAAGAUUGUUUUAAGCCUAUUUUUAAGCAAUUAACCCCAAAACAGGAAGAAAUUAUUGCAAAAACUGUCGUUUUUGUCAUCGGAUUUAUUUCAAUUGGACUUGCAUCUAUGGUAGAAAAGUUAGGAGGAGUAUUUCAAUUAAACGUUACUGUUGGAUCAAUUUCUACGGGGCCCUUGCUUGGUGUGUUUACUUUGGGAAUUCUAUUCCCAUGGGCAAAUGCAAAGGGAGCAUUUUACGCGAGUCUUAGUGGUCUAUUCUUUAUGAGUUGGAUUUGUUUUGGCGCACAAUCAAUGGUAGCCUCGGGAUAUGUCCGUUAUCCAAUAAAACCAGUUUUCACAGAUGGGUGUACAUUUAAUAUUACAGAGCCUUUGAGCAUCCCGCCAACAAGGGAUGGCUACGAUGAUACCAAUGUAUUCUUCUUGUAUCGAAUAUCGUUUAUGCUGUACCUUGCAAUUGGAGGCAUAUUUACAAUUAUCUUUGGUUUAAUAAUAAGUUACUUCACUGGCUUUAAUAAAAUUGAAGAUGUGAAUCCUUUACAUUUAGCACCAUUUUUGAGACCAAAAACUAUUCAAAAUAUUCCAUCAGAAAAUAAACGACAGUAUAAAGAGAAAUUCGAUUCAAAUACAUGCAUGGAAGAAGCUGUGAAUUUGUUAAACAAGAAAAAAGAUCUAAGUAGAAAGGAACAAGAAAGUCGUCCAAACUAA